AUGAAGAAGAAGAAGGACAAGAAAAAGAAGAAAAAGAAGAAGAAGGAGAAGAAGAAGAAGAAGAAGGAGAAGGACAAGACGAAGAUGAAGAAGAAGAAGGACAAGAAGAAGAAAAAGAAGAAGAAAAAGAAGGACAAGAAGAAGAAGGACAAGAAGAAGAAGGAGAAGAAGAAGAAGAAGAAGGAGAAGGACAAGAAGAAGAAGAAGAAAAAGAAGAAGAGGAAGAAGGAGAUUAAGGAGAAGAAGAAGGAGAAGACAUGA